AUGGUUGGGGCAGUGAUGAACUUUAGCAGCUACUACCUUUUGCAUGAAGUUACUAGGAGAUCAAUUAGGUUUCAGCUUUGGCAGAUAUGCGCUUGUGUAUUUGUUGGCAACAAUGCACAGAACUUUACACACACAGCAGCUCUAGUCACUUGUGUCCAAAACUUCCCAGAAAAGAGAGGCAUUGUUAUCGGUUUGUUGAAAGUGUUUCUCAUGAUUGUAACACUGUGUGAAAGAUUCUUCACCUUCCCAAGAAUAGGCUAUGUCAGAAGCGGCGUUGUAAUUUUGUUUCUGUUGGCUCUGCCUCUCUUGAUUGCCAUCCGAGAAGAGAGGUUUAUCUUGAGCCUCAAGCAACAGCCUGAUAACCGUACUGUUGCGAUAAACGCGGGUAGUACUACAGAGGGAGCAGUAGUACUACCGGAUGCAGGUCAAUCGCAACAGGAUAUCUUGAUGCAAAAUAUUGGACUGGCAAAGGGGUUUGUCUCGGAACUCCUACUUAAACAAAAAGGAACUCCUAGGCCUCUUAUGAAUGUUUUUGCUCUGCUUCUGUCCUGCCUCGGAGUCCUUAUGGCCACGGUGAUCAUCGGGUUUUCCUAUGGCGCACAGGUGACGCUGCUCUGCACGAUCACUUCCGAAAUCUUUGGCCUCAAGUACUACGCCACAUUGGUGAAUUGCACUCAAUUCGCAACCCCGCUUGGCUGGUUCCUUCUCGAUAACAAGCUGACCCAACCCAUGUACCAUUUAGAGGCAAAGAGAUUGAACAUGGGAGCUCUAGCAUCCUAUGUUUUGGCCAGGCGAACAGCAAAGUUUUACAAGGGUGACGUGUAUAAGAAGUUUAAGGAUGGAAAAUAUAAGAGCUUUAAAGUGCAGGCAAAAGCCACAGAGACAGAGAGGGCUUCAUCAUCGGAUCAGUGA